AGGAUAUUUUACAAGUUACAACAUGGCACAAAAAAUCAAAGUGACUAACCCCAUUGUGGAAAUGGAUGGUGAUGAGAUGACCAGAAUCAUCUGGCAGUUCAUUAAGGAUAAGUUGAUCUUACCUUAUUUGGACGUGGAUUUGAAGUACUAUGAUUUGGGUAUGGAGUACAGAGAUGAAACCGAUGACAAAGUCACCAUGGACGCUGCCAACGCCAUUUUGAAGUACGGAGUCGGUGUCAAGUGUGCCACCAUUACACCAGAUGAAGCCAGAGUUAAGGAAUUCAACCUUAAGAAGAUGUGGCUCUCUCCCAACGGAACCUUGAGAAAUGUUCUCGGGGGUACCGUUUUCAGAGAACCUAUUGUCAUCGACAACAUUCCAAGAAUUGUACCCAGCUGGGAGAAGCCAAUUAUCAUUGGUAGACAUGCUUAUGGGGACCAGUAUAAGGCCACCGACGUGGUUAUUGACCAACCAGGUGAAUUGUCAUUGGUGUUUAAGCCUGCUGAUGGAAGUGCUCCUCAAGUACACAAAGUGUUUGACUACGAAGGUGCUGGAGUGGCCUUGUCGAUGUACAAUACCGAUAAGUCCAUCACCGACUUUGCUGAGUCUUCUUUCAAGUUUGCCUUGGACCGUAAGUUGAAUUUGUUUUCGUCCACCAAGAACACCAUUUUGAAGAGGUACGACGGUAAAUUCAAAGAUAUCUUUGAAGGGUUGUAUGCAUCCAAAUACCAGGCUGAAUUCGAGAAGAACGGUAUCUGGUAUGAGCAUAGAUUAAUCGAUGACAUGGUGGCACAAAUGUUGAAGUCUAAAGGUGGAUAUGUCAUUGCCAUGAAAAACUACGAUGGUGAUGUGCAAUCUGAUAUCGUGGCCCAGGGAUUUGGUUCUUUGGGUUUGAUGACUUCGGUGUUGAUGACUCCAGAUGGAAAGGCUUUUGAAAGUGAAGCGGCCCACGGAACCGUCACCAGACAUUACAGACAACAUCAACAAGGUAAGGAAACCUCCACCAACUCAAUUGCCUCCAUUUUUGCUUGGACCAGAGGUAUCAUCCAGAGAGGUAAGUUGGAUGACACCCCCGACGUUAGUCAAUUCGGCGAAGCCUUGGAAAAGGCUGUCAUUGAUACAGUUGCGUUGGACAGCGUCAUGACCAAGGAUUUGGCCUUGACUCAGGGAAAGACCGACAGAUCUUCUUAUGUGACCACUGAGGAGUUUAUUGAUGCUGUAAAGGUUAGAUUGGACAAGAACUUGGCCUAGUUAUCUAUUAUUUAUUGAAUGUAUUGCUCUUCUACUAUGCGAUCCAGCAGACCUAUUGUUGUUUCACAGUUGCGUCUCAGGUAUUCAAGUGCUCGAACUUCAGUUAUCCAACCGAAUUAUAAUUUCGUUGACAUUUAACGAGAGACCAGCUUAUCCGUUUCCAACACACCUUUACCUUAAGUUGUCUAUCUUGACCUAUUUUCUAUCACAUCUU